AUGACUCAAAACGCGUCGUCAGGUGGAGCACUAAUAGAGAUGGGAAGUCUGGGCAGCAAGUUCCAGUCCCCGUCUCCUCCAGGACCAGAGGAGGGGCUGGAGGCCAUCAGCAGCAUCCAUAAACACAGCUGUGAUUGUAAAAAGAGGAAACGGAAUGCGCAGUGUGACUGUGAGAGUGAACCAGAGGACGAGGAUGCUGUGCUGGACACGCCGCGCAGGAAGAAGCUGAAGAGCACGUCUCGCUACAUUUAUCAGACUCUGUUUCUGAACGGAGAAAACAGCGACAUUCGCAUCUGUGCUUUAGGCCAAGAGUGGAACCUCCACAAGGUUUACCUCUGUCAGGUGAGCGUGACUCUGUCGGUGAGCGUGACUCUGUCGGUGAGCGUGACUCUGUCGGUGAGCGUGACUCUGUCGGUGAGCGUGACUCUGUCGGUGAGCGUGACUCUGUCGGUGAGCGUGACUCUGUCGGUGAGCGUGACUCUGUCGGUGAGCGUGACUCUGUCGGUGAGCGUGACUCUGUCGGUGAGCGUGACUCUGUCGGUGAGCGUGACUCUGUCGGUGAGCGUGACUCUGUCGGUGAGCGUGACCCUGUCGGUGAGCGUGACCCUGUCGGUGAGCGUGACCCUGUCGGUGAGCGUGACCCUGUCGGUGAGCGUGACCCUGUCGGUGAGCGUGACCCUGUCGGUGAGCGUGACCCUGUCGGUGAGCGUGACCCUGUCGGUGAGCGUGACCCUGUCGGUGAGCGUGACCCUGUCGGUGAGCGUGACUCUGUCGGUGAGCGUGACUCUGUCGGUGAGCGUGACCCUGUCGGUGAGCGUGACCCUGACGGUGAGCGUGACCCUGUCGGUGAGCGUGACCCUGUCGGUGAGCGUGACCCUGUCGGUGAGCGUGACCCUGUCGGUGAGCGUGACCCUGUCGUCCGGAUACUUCUCCAGUAUGUUCAGCGGCUCAUGGAAGGAGUCUAACAUGAUGGAGAUCAACCUGGAAAUCCCAGACCAGAACAUCGACACCGAGGCUCUUCAGGUGGUGUUUGGGUCUUUAUAUCGAGACGACGUCCUGAUCAAACCCAGCAGAGUCGUCAGUAUCCUGGCCGCUGCUUGUAUGCUCCAGCUGGACGGACUGAUCCAACAGUGUGGAGAGAGCAUGAAGGAGAACCUCAGCUCCAAGAGCGUCUGCAGCUACUACCUCUGCGCCAGUCUCUACGGCUUGGACUCAGUCAUGAAAAAAUGUCUGGAAUGGCUCCUCAAUAAUCUCAUGACCCACCAGAACGUGGAGCUGAUGAAGGAGCUCGGGUCAGAGAUAAUGGAGUUGCUGAUUCAGUCCUCAGACCUGUUUGUGAUGCAAGUGGAGAUGGACGUGUACACAGCACUUAAGAAGUGGAUGUUCCUGCAGCUGAAUUCCUCGUGGGAUGGACCAAUCAAACAGCUGCUCGCUGAUGCAGACGCCUGGCUCUGUAAGAGGAGAACAGACCUUGGCGAACAGGAGCCGUUCUUAUACACAGAAGAUGGGAAACCGUUCAGUUCGGUGUUUAAACACGUUCGCCUCCAAUUCAUCAUCAACGAUCUGGCCUCAGCGCGGAUCCUGGAGAGAGACAACAUCCUGCCCACAGAUUGGCUCACUGCUGUCUACAAAAAUCAGUGGUUUGCGAUGCUCAGGACUGAGUUCGACAACGACACUGGUCCCCAGGAGGCGAACCGGGAGGAGUUUGAACUGAGCAGUAUGCGCUGUGGCAGGAAGCUGACCAAAGAAGGAGAUUACUGCUGGCGGUGGACAGGCUUUAAUUUCGGCUUUGAUCUCCUGGUGACUUACACCAACCGCUUCAUAGUCUUCAAGCGAAACACUCUAAGUCAACCAUGUGGGGGCGCUGUCAGCCUCCAGCCCAGGAGACACCUGGCAUACAGGUUACGCCUCGCCUCCUUCGACAGUCGUGGGAAAUUAGUGUGCAGUCGCUCGACAGGUUACCAGCUCCUGACAUUAGAGAAAGACCAGGAGUACGUGGUGAUGAACCUGGACAGUCGGUUAUUAUCGUUCCCACUUUACGUCUGCUGUAACUUCCUAUACACGUCAUCACGCUCGGACGUCAGAGCAGACUCUCCAGAAACAGAAAGCAGCAGUGUGCCAUGA